AAAUAUUUAUAACUCUACUCUGAUACGAACAUUUGAUAAUUAUCGAUUAAAUGAAAUCGGAUUUAUGACCCAUUUCGAAUCGCAACCGGAUGGCGAUUAGCGGCGAUGGUGAUCACGUCGAAAAAAACUGUCAUCAUCACGCUGGUUGGAAUCACGCAGGCGGAGCCACUCGGCUCGACGUCGUUCGCGCAUCUAGCUUCGUUUCGUGCGCCGUGAAAACGAGACGUUCCGUCUGUCGUCAUGGCGGAGAAUGUUUUCAUUCCGUGAUACGCCGACUCGCGAUUGCAUCGGUUAUCAACUCGGCUGGUCGCCGAUACGACGAGAACGACAAUAACAACAACAACAAUAACGACGUUGUUAACGACGUUGAUUCACGCUCGAGCUGGUGGAGACCCGACGACGAUCAUCGCGCGAUCAUGGACACGCGUGGCAUCGAGGUCACGAAUCAGCUUCGGAGCGCUAUUCGCGCCAAGCUUAUGGAGUUGGGAGUCCGUUAUGACGAAGAACUGCCUGAUUACAUACUGGUAAUGGUGGUCAAUAAGAAAUCCCGCCAGCAGAUGCACGACGACCUAAAUUUAUUCCUGGAAGAUUGCACGACCAUAUUCGUGGAUUGGCUUCACGAUCAAGUACUGAAAAAGCUACAGAAAGUCACUGUGACCAAGAAGAAAUCAUCUCGUGAGUUCGUGCCUACUGUGGUGGUAAAACAAGAGGAGGAGAGGAAGAAAAGGAAGGUGUCCACGACUUCGUUUUUAGAAGAUCAGACGGUGGAACAGUCUUUGGAUAAAAAUGCGAAAAGCGACAAGCAGCAACCGGUGCAGAAACAACAGAUGACAAAGUCAUCUGUACCUAAUCAAAAUCUGGAACAGAAUUACAGCAAGAGCGUAGAGAGAAAUGUGAAGGGUGUACAUAAUAAGAGCAGAACAGAUGAAACAUUGUCAAUUCAUAGUGGAUCCUAUCAGGAUUCUGUUUCCACAAGGAGACCGCAGCAGAAUUCCGGGCGUGAUGAGAGCACGGCGAAGGAGACAGUCACGCUGGAGAAUUCCGCUGUGAAAAUCACAGAUUCGCAUCGCGAUCAGAAAGCGAGUGAGGCAGUAGAUAAAAGCCUGAAAAGGUCACUGGAGUCGAAUUACCGUCAAGAGAGCACGGAGAAGAGAAGCAGCGAGGCGAAGCGGCCGAAAACGUCCGAGGAAGAUAAAGAGGAUAUAAAUGCAUCGUUAUUUUCCCCAGAUACGGCUUCGAGAAAGUUGAAAUCUUGCGUGAAUAAACCAAAGAUAACGUCAGUUGUAUCAGUGAAAAAUCGGCUCGGCGUAGCGUCAUCGCGGAAGAAAUUCGAAAUUUACAGGGAAAAAGAGGGCAAUGAUCGCUAUCGUCCGUCGGAGAAGCGUUUCGAGAAGCCGCAUCGUUACGAUAACGGACGCAGUGGGAAAGGCAGAAACUUCGAGGCGGAUGACCGAGGUUCCAGGCGGAAUCGUGACGGCGAUUCGUCACGACAUCAUGAGGCACCGAGCAAAGUCAACGACGUAAGAACUCGGAUAGAGAGCAACAAGAACGAAAGACUAAACAAGAACGUGGAGUCCAGAGAGAGGAUCCCGAAUUCGGGUACGAAAAUAGAAAAUAAUGUGAAAAAGUCUACGAGCACUAUUAAGGAUCGUUUAGGUAUCGUGGGUAUCAAUAAUAAAGCGCAAAGACAAUCUGCCAAGUUGCAAGAGCCAACGAACUAUUCUGAAAUCCGGAGGAAUAAUCUGAAGAAUUCAGAGCAAGUCGGAAACAACAAUAAGAACAUCAAAGACCGACUUGGUCCAUUGAGGAAUAAUUUCAGACCGGUGCAUAAGCAGAGACAACCUCGCAAUAAGGACGACGAGUCUCUGAUCUCUUUAAACCCCGAUGUCGAGGAAGAUGUGAGAGAAAAGGAAGUGGAGGAGGACGAGGAUGAGGUGGACAACGAUGAGCAGUCGCUCGGACCUGUGAAGUCGCACAUAGUUGCCGUGAACAGAUUCACGAUCUCUGCCGGCGCGAAGACAGAGAGGAAACGCACGAAAGUGAUUCCACUCGCAAUUCAAAGUACUGGCUAUUCGGGACACGCAGGCACAAAAUCGCAAUUAGAUAAAGUGGACAGAGGGAUGUCCAGCGAUAUAGAUGAGAACACCGAAGACAUUAAGUUGCCAAGCAAAGUGAUCGUCACGCCGAGACCUUUGAAGCCGCUGCAACCGACACAAAAGCGUGCCACACAAUCACUCUUGUUGCGAGCAGUCGCGGAGGCGAAUCAGUCGGUUGUCACGCAGAAGAAUCCGGAACCGUCUCUUUUCGACAAGAAGCCGGUCGUAAAGCGUCUUAAACCUGCCCCGGCUCGUGAUGUAAGUCAAAACUUGUCGGUACAUUUUAAUUCUAGUAAGAGACUGGUCAUGGAAAAGAUUCAGGUCGAAUUAAACACGGUAGACAGUCUGGAUAUGGAUGACGUCGAGCAUGAGCCUUAUGUACCUCAACCGGUAACAGAUGAGCAUAUGGGAGUCGUGAUGUCGUUGUUUCAAAGAAGCGACGACAAUCAGAAAUUCUUAGUUACUCUAAACGGAUACAACAACAAUCUCUUGAAAGAGAAGAUCAGUUCUGAGGACGAUGAGGAGCGCUUGGAAAUGGAGGUGAACGAGGAUGAUGAGCUCGCGCUGUUGACAACGCAUAACGAGGCGGCGGCGGCGACGACGACGACAACGAUGGCGACGGCAACGACAAUAGCGACAACGACAGCCAUUGCGCAGAACAAGAAUACAUUUAGAAUAACGACGGAUGAAACAGAAAACGAUAUGGAGGCUAGUCCAAAAGAGACGAGUGGAGAGGAGAACAAUGAGAACUGCAACACGGAGAACGUGGAUAAGACUGAUGACAUGCCGCGUAAACGGAGAAAAUUGAGCCCUAUAAUCUACAACAGAUCUCACUCUCCGAGUCCUACACGACUGAAAUCUACUGCGUUACCGGCAUUAACCGCCAAACUCCCGGAUAAAAAACCGUUGGUGGAGACCACAGUUCCGACCGUUAUAGACAAGUCUAGGGAGAAUUGUAGAUACUGGCCAAACUGUACAUUAGGAAACAAAUGCGCGUUCCUUCAUCCACCUGUCAUGUGCAGUGCCUUUCCGGCAUGCAAAUUCGGUGACAAGUGCGCCUACAAGCAUCCCAAAUGCAAAUUCGGUUUGUCUUGCACGAAGCUGGGCUGCGUGUUCUCGCAUCCCGCUCAGCAGUGCAAGUAUCAUCCGUUCUGUACGAAACCGGCGUGUCCGUAUUCCCAUCCGGCCACGUCCACUCCGGCGACGGAAACGACGAGCCAGCGAGCGAAAUUCACUUGGCGCCGACGGGAUUGAGCGUAUUUUUGCGCAUGUACAAACUUGAGUAUAUCGUUCAGAAUCGUGAUUCACGAAAGAUUAUUUUGUACAGGUCAGUGAUGAGAUGUACUUUACAAAUUAGAGUUGACAUGAGUUAACGUGAAUUCAUCGCAGCGAAAUUAAUUUCGCGAUUGAAGAGUGCGUCUAAUGAAAAAGAGAAUGAACGCUUCAUCAGUACAAUCGUGAUAUUAUGUCAGAUCGCAGCUUCACUUCCUCCACAAUAAUUGAAGAAUCCAACAAGAUAGAGAAAAAUUUUAAAAGCUUUAAACAGUAGAAAAAUUGAUUGUUCACUCUUUUAU